GGCAUUUUUGAUAGUUUUGAGAGUCCGCGUCACCACCGAGACGGACACGACACGACACGACCCACGCAAAAAGCACCCACACAGGUAGUCAGGCACACAGCUCCUCUGCGUUACCUUUCCCCGUCGGCCGGUUUCAUUUACCUCCUCAAUCCUGGCUUGAAUCUGUGACCCGUCGAGGCGGCGAAGGGCCGAAUCGCACCGCACUGUAGGGAGAAGCUUCUGCAAGGUUUUGGAGCGGGCGAUGGAGGCGGCGAGCAACGGCGGGCUUCUCUACCACGAGGUGCAGGAAGGGAAGCUCUGCGCCGUGCACUGCGUCAACACCGCCCUGCAGGGCCCCUUCUUCUCCGAGUUCGACCUCGCCGCGCUCGCCGCCGACCUCGACCAGCGGGAGCGCCUGGUGAUGCUCGAGGGCUCCCGAAGCCCCGGUGCGGGCAACGCUGCUGCAGGGGAUUUCUUCGCCGAGGGCGAGGGAUCUCACAACGUCUCCCUUGGCGGCGAUUUCAGCAUCCAGGUUGGAUUCCGACACCCAGCAUUGAGAUUCCAAGUGGUUUUGCAGAAGGCGCUGGAGGUUUGGGAUCUCCAAGUUAUACCCCUUGAUUCCCCAGCUGCAGGGUCGUCCCUAUUUGACCCAGAGCAGGAGGUUGCUUUCAUUUGCCACCUGCAGGACCACUGGUUCUGCAUGAGGAAGGUGAACGGGGAGUGGUACAACUUUAAUAGUCUCUACCCAGCUCCCGAGCACCUGUCGAAGUUUUACCUCUCAGCUUUCAUUGACACCCUGAAGGGGUCAGGCUGGAGUAUAUUUGCAGUUAGAGGCAAUUUCCCCAAGGAGUGCCCUAUGGCAACCGAAGGCUCUAACGGUUUCGGUCAAUGGUUUACCCCUGAUGACGCCCGGAGGAUAACAGCCUCCUGUAACCAGGUGCAAACACCACCUACUGAGCAGGUACAAUCCCCUCUACUUGCUGAACAACCAGAAGGGAUGAGUGAAAUGGACAUGAUCGCAGCGCAGCAAGAAGAGGCUGAUCUGAAUGCUGCUAUAGCUGCCAGCUUGAUGGACACUGGGGUUCCAUUUGCCAGCUAUGCCGCAGCUCGAGAACAUAGCGAUUCACAAGAUUCUCCUGCUCGUGAAGCAGCUCCGAGCAAAGAUAAUAACCAGGAAGAAGCUGGUAAAGCUGAACCGAGCGCACCUCCCUGUGAGGAGGACAUCCAGGAGUUGGCUUCAGGAAGCGACACCAGAAGGGAGGUUCCUUCUGUAGAGGAGAAAGGGUCAGCGAAAGAAGAAUAGUCUGGCACUUUCUGAUCAUUCUGUAACUGAGUUAGACCCGUACAAACAGAAACUGCCCACCAUUUGAGUGGAGUUAUGCCUUCUUCUUUUUUUUUCCCCGGUUCUGAACGCCGUAUACGAAAUGCAUAGUCUGAACUGAAUGGGUUUAAGAACUUUUAACUGGUGUAACUGUCAUGUGCGAAGUGCAUAGAGACUAGAGUCUGAGUGGCGGUUUUGAACCCCUUUUUCCCCGUCCUU